AUGGAGCCGGCGGGCGAAGUGACAAUCAUCAAGGCUAUACUGUCUCAAGAAUUCGCCGCUCUUCCCGUUUCCCUUGUAUCCCUCAAGCUCAAGACGGGGUUCAAACGCAUCGAAUGGAAUGACGACAGUCUCGCCGCCGCCUUGCUUCGGAACAGAUGGGAUGAUAGCGUGAACUUCAGCGCCUUCUUCCAAUGUCCGGCCGAGACUGAGCAGCAUUUAGCCGAAGUUAUCCGGAGAACCUACGGCUACGAAGGUGUCCAAUACGUCACAGCAUCGACCACCACCACUUCCGACUGCGUCGCCGAGCCUGGUGAUUCACAGGCCACGUACCGAUCGCCUAGUCGCGAAGCGACUCUGGAAGAUCCUCAGACGAUUCCUCACCCACCCGCCGCCACCGCCUUGCCCGAUGCCACGACGGUCCAGUUCAGCCCAGAUGCAUGGUCUCAAUACGUCGGACCUCGCAACCGAACGGCUGUGCGCAUGCCGGAGCGCGCCGCCUUUCUCAGUCGGUGGAGACACAGACCACGCCACGAUGGAGAGACAUACAACAUCAUUGGCACAAUCGAUCGCAUCUCCCCUUUCGCGAUCAAAGAGGACUCGGUCAAGCUUUGGCAGCUCCGUUUCGAUGAAGGUUACGCGGUCUAUUGCUGGUUGUUCGCCCUUCCGACUUCGACUAGAUCGGAACGACACGAGCUACAGGGUCUGAAGCCCGGAGACGUUAUCGCUUGCUUUAACGUCAAAGGCUCGUUGGGGGGCGCGCUGAUCACCAACGAAAGCGAGAUCUUUGUCGCCGUCAAUGAGGCUGAAGGCAGACGCUGCGUGGCCGAAGCCAACCCCGCCGAAGCAGACCCCUGA